UCAUAUGAAUAUCAAAUUAAAAAGGUAAUAUAGGUAAUUCACUAUCUGAAAGAAUGAAAACAUAAUUGUUCAAAAAGUGUCGAAUGAAUACCUACAUGGGAUGAGUGAGGUAAGAGGAUGAAUAUUUUAAAAUUUCACAAAAUUCAAAUAGGACAAAGACAAGCGACGUGCAUCCAAAUUUGUUUCUUUUCUUAUAAUUUCGGGCAUCCAAUCCAGUUCAUGCCAACCUCACUCAAUUUUCAAAAGGCCAAUCCAAGCCUUAUAAGUUACAAAGAAAAUCUCGUGUAGAAUGACCCCACAAUAGUCCAUAGCACUUGAGAAGGUAAGAACCUAAAACUCACAUACAAAUAAAUCACUAGAUAUUAGGUCUUUGUCAACGAACCAACCCAUUAAGAUUACAUGCACGCCAAAUUGUACACCUCUUGAUGUAUAAUUCAUGCUAAUGUAGGGAACCACGUCACAAAAUCAAUAUAAAAAAAAAGCACAAUUUUGCAAAACGUCUAGGCAUUCAAACAAAGAAACUCAAUAGCUGUCCAAUAAUCUAUAUAUAUAAUAUAAAACAAAGACUUAUUUAUUUUUGCAAAAUGAAUGACGCAAAGAAUAUUUCCUUAAUAUAUAAAUCUACCCCGGCCCCCUCUCUCUAUCUCUCAGAUUUCAAGCGAAGCAGGCUUUAGCAAAAUGGCUAGGGCCAGCACACAAACAAAACAACCUUUGCAUCCAUCCAAUCAUAUUCUCACGUUCAAUCUAUAGCCGUUUGAUCAAUUAUAAUUUUAUAAAAGAUGCACAGAACUCUUAAUAAAUCUAGCCCUCUCUCUCUCUCCUGACUUUUAUAUGAACACCGAAGUAUCCGGCCCUCUCCUAACUUUUAUAAUAGAAUAGAAAAAUUAAGUAUCUUUAAGCACGAGCAAUAGCUAGUAUCAAUCAACAUAAAACCAAGGGGAUCUCACCUACAUAAAUCCAAUGUCAUAAAUUUCUUGGCUCAUAUAGUCAAUCGAUCCCACUACUUUCCAUGGCUUCACAAAAUCCACACCAGCUUCAUUUUGUUCUAUUUCCACUAAUGUCUCCUGGCCACUCCAUCCCCAUAAUUGACAUGGCCAAAUUAUUAGCCCAAAACGGCCCAACUGUCACUAUCAUCACCACCCCUAUCAUCGCGGCAAGAUUCCGGCACACCAUCGACCGCGCCACCGCCUCCGGCCUCCCCCUCCGCCUCCUUGACCUCAGGUUCCCUUCCGCGGAAGCCGGAUUACCUAAUGGCUGCGAAACCCUCGAAACCGUAACCUCUCCAGACUUGCUAAAGAAAUUUUUCGGCGCAAUAUACAUGUUACAACAACCAUUCCAACAAUUGUUGGAACAGCUGGAGCCCAAACCGACGUGCAUGAUAGUCGAUAAAUAUAUCCCUUGGGCAGCCGAAACUGCCCGUAUGUUUCGGAUCCCGAGAAUCGUUUUUGAUGUCAUGAGUUGCUUCUAUCUACUCUGUUUCCACACUUUACAUGUAUCCAAAGUGCACGAAAAUGUGCCUGAAUCAGAGCCCUUUGUUUUGCCAAAUUUUCCUGAUACUAUUGUAUUGACCAAGUCUCAACUCCCGGGACUUUUCAAUCCGGGUUCAUUAGACGGGGUUCAUGUGAACGAGUUUCGCGAACGAGUCAGAGUAGCCGAAGCCGAAGCCUGUGGGAUCGUGCUUAAUACUUUUGAAGAGCUGGAACAUCGAUACGUAAACGAGAUUGGCAAGGUGAACGGAGGGAAAAUUUGGUGCAUUGGGCCACUCUCACUUUGCAACAAAGAUAGUUCGGAUAAAGCCCAAAGAGGAGACAAGGCCUCAAUUGACGAAAUUGAGUGUUCGAAGUGGUUAGAUGAACAAGAGGCAGGCUCUGUAGUCUACGCCUGUCUCGGAAGCAUUAGCCGUCUAUCUUCUCCUCAACUAAUCGAGCUCGGAUUAGGCUUGGAAUUAUCUAAACGUCCAUUCGUUUGGGUUAUAAGAGGCGAUGAGAAAGCCAAGGAGGUGUACAAGUGGAUAGAAGGAGACGGAUUUGAGGAGAGAGUGAAGGGGAGAGGACUAAUCAUUCGUGGUUGGGCACCACAAGUACUCAUAUUAGACCACCCGUCCGUGGGGGCAUUUCUGACUCAUUGCGGCUGGAAUUCGACUUUGGAAGGGGUAUGUGCCGGUGUGCCGAUGGUAACAUGGCCGAUUUUCGCAGAGCAAUUUAUCAACGAGAAGUUGGUGGGGGUCGUGCUAGAGACUGGAGUGAGUGUUGGGGCACGGGCAGUUGUGCAAAUGUUUGAGGAAGAUAAGAGUGGGGUGGCGGUGAAGAGGGAAGCGGUUAGGAACGCCGUGGAGAGAGUGAUGGGCAGUGGAGUAGAGGCAGAAGAGAGACGAAAAAGGGCAAGAGAAUUCGGAGAGAUGGCUAAGAAGGCAGUGGAAGAAGGUGGUUCUUCUAAUUUGAAUGUGAAGUCGUUGAUUCAAGAUAUGAUGGAACAAGUCAUUGGCAUGGGACCAACGGAAGAUCACCAAUGACUUCUAUAAUGUCACAAAAAAUAAUAAAAUUGGUAAGGUUGGAUGUCUCGGGCCAACUUGUGUGCACUUUAAUGUCAAAAUUCACUUUGAAGAACCCUUUUUCUGAUUUUGUGCACGUAAAGUUGCAAAACAUCCAUUUUAGUUAAUAAUUUAUGUAUUUCCAUGACAAAAUAAACCUGAGUGAUCAUUGUUU